ACGGAUAUACAUUUGUUUUGUUGUUUUAGUGAAAGGGCAUUUCAUGAACAAUUAACAGUCGCCGAAAUAACAAGUCAAUGCUUUGAACCCGGAAACCAAAUGGUUAAAUGUGAUCCGCGACAAGGCAAAUUCAUGGCGUGUUGUUUGUUAUUUAGAGGCGACGUCGUACCAAAAGAUGUCAACUCAGCUAUUGCAGGCAUAAAAACGAAACGUUCCAUUCAGUUCGUCGAUUGGUGUCCAACGGGUUUCAAAGUUGGUAUAAACUAUCAACCACCAACAGUGGUACCUGGCGGUGAUCUGGCUAAACUUCAGCGAGCAGUUUGCAUGCUCGCCAACACAACAUCGAUCGCUGAGGCGUGGGCUCGACUCGAUUACAAAUUCGAUUUGAUGUACGCCAAACGGGCAUUUGUUCAUUGGUAUGGAUCUAUUCAUUUGAGAGCAUUUGACCUAUUCGACCGCAAAAUGAGCCUUUACCUGGAUGAACCCAUCGCCAAAAUUGAACAUGCACACGACAUGAAAAAAUUUCUUCGAACAAUCCAAUGUAUGAAUCAUUAA